AUGGUUUACAGAGGAAAGCCCAGUCCAGGUUGUGCUUUAUGCCGGAAACGGCGCCUAAAAUGCGACCAGGAGAGACCUGCAUGCUCCCAAUGUCUGCGGAUAGGUCAAGAAUGCCCCGGAUACCAAGACCCCCAAGCCCUUCGCGUCUACGAUCAGACGGCCGCUGUAACCACCAAGGCCUUGGCCCGGGCUGCCAGUACCCGCAAGGCGGCUCGAUCCCCCACUGCAGAGAAGUCGAAGACACCGCCGUUGAUUGCAGGGCCCACCAACAUUCAAGAGCAAGCCAUGUCUCACAUCUUCAAGUAUUAUGUCGGCACUAGUCAGAACCCCGGCAUCCUCUGCUACUUGCCGGAUUUGCUGCGCACGGGCCCCUCGGAUGCACUUCAAGCCACCAUGAAAGCCAUAGGGCUGGCAUGCAUGUCGAGGGUCUACCACUUGCCUGAGCUGGCGCGAUCGGCUGCGGAGGAGUACAGCAAGGCCUUGCGGGCCACCAAUGCGAGUCUCCAGGAUGCAGUAUCAGCUACUUCUGACUGCACUUUGGGGGCCGUGGUCACGCUGAGUAUGUACGAGAUUAUUUCGGGCCAAUCACAGAUGAUGGCCGCUUGGCUAAAUCACGCCCGAGGAGCGUUGAAGCUUCUUGAGUUACGAGGAAGGAAGCAAUUCGAAUCAGCAGCUGGGCGGCGCCUCUUUAGCAGCACACGCCUACAGAUUGCUAUGAUCAACAUAUUCUUCAGGACGAGCUGUCAUCGCUCGCCAACGAUAGCUGCAUUAUCAAAAUAUGCAAAAUCCGUUGGUGAUGCUGAUGCUCAGACAGUCGAAGACUUUUAUGACAUUUUAGUCACAUUCAACGAUCACUCCAUAAAAGUAAAGGAGACCUAUAACAACACUGGCUUCCGCGGAAACAUCGCACCGUUAAUCAAGGAAGCCCUCGACCUUGACGCCGACUUAGUCUCAUGGGCGACUUCCCUAAGCCCAACCUGGCAGUAUUCAACGACCAGCACCCCACUGCCAUUCUCACACUUCCGUAGCCACGACACGAAAUAUCACGUAUAUCCGAGCAUCGACAACGCAGUGUACUGGAACCACUAUCGCCAAGCGCGGAUCAUUCUCCACGAGAUGGUCCAAGCAAUGUGUCUCCAUCAAGCAACUCCUGAUUCACCGCAGAUCAUGCACCAGUCCAUCUCUAUCAAUAAACAAUUGGCAGAGGAUAUCUGCGCUAGUGUCCCUUAUUUCUUCACCUCAGGCGAAGCUGCCCUUGGGGCCGUCGCGCGAUUGCCAUGGCCUUUGUACCUUGCCUCUGAUUGUGCGGGUGUUUCGCCUCAGACGAAGGACUGGAUUAUGCAGAUACUCGAUCUUAUUGCAACGUCUACAGGCGUGCAGCAGGCGCGUAUCUUGUCGCAAUUUGUCAAAACGGGCAAUCACAGCUAUUUGUUGAUUCCUGGGAAGCCGAAAAGAGUCGUUGGUAUAUAGGUGGGGAGCGGGUCUCCAUAGGUUGUUGGUCUUGCAUAUGAUUCAAUCUUUAGUACUGCUUAGUUGCAACCUUCACAAGCAGCUCGUAG